AUGCACAGGGCACAGAUUCACGAGAUUCAGUGGGUGGAUUAUAAAUGUUGGACUCAGACUAUACAGUUGGUUAACACACAACAGUUGACUUAUGAUUAUGAUAUGAAUUUUGUUACAUUACAAGAGACAGAUGACAAGGUACAAGAUAUAGUUUUUGAUAAUGUACAAUAUAUGCAGAUUGAUAAUGUACAAGAUGAGUAUUUUGAAAAUGUACAUGAUAUGAAAUUACUCGAUAUACGAGAAGCCAUUUUGGAAAUUUUGCAAUGGGGAGAGAUUGAAGAGGAUUGUACUUGUGAUUUUGAUAUCGAUUUUGCACAUGAGCCCAUUGUUAUUGAUGCUCCACCCAUUAAUGAUAUUAGCUUACUCGAUAUACGAGAAGCCAUUUUGGAAAUUUUGCAAUGGGGAGAGAUUGAAGAGGAUAGUACUUGUGAUUUUGUACAAAAUAUGAAUUUGGUGGACGUACAAGAUGCUAAUGUGGAGACUGGAG